AUGUCGCAGUCACCUGAUUCUGCCUUUACCAAAGGGUUGCCCAAAGUGGAACUCCAUGCUCAUCUAACAGGGAGCAUCAGUAGACAGUGUCUGCACAAGAUAUGGCUGAGAAAAAGUGCCGGAGAUUCAUCCAUUGAUCUUGAGGAUCCAUUGACGGCUAUACCGAGCGCUGCAUACGUCAAGAAUAUCUCANGCUUCUUCCCGAUUUUCGACCAGUAUAUCUAUGCUCUCAUCUCUGAUCAAGAAAGCAUACGUCAUGCAACCACAUCUGUCCUGGAAGACUUUCAGAAUGAUGGUGUUUGCUAUGUUGAGCUCCGGACUACACCUCGUGCGAUACCUGAUGCUGGGAUAAGCAAAGAAGACUACGUCACCAUCGUUCUGAAAGCUAUGGAAGACUUUAAGACUUCGUCGAAACAGAACAUUGCAAAUGCCCCACCUUACGACAAGAUGCACGCAAGACUCAUAUUGUCCAUUGACCGCAAAAACACGCUAGACGAAGCUCUUGAAGUUGUGCGUCUGGCUCUGAAAUACCGUGACCUUGGAGUCGUGGGUAUAGACCUGUGUGGCAAUCCUACUCGCAAACCGAUUUCUCAUCUACAGCCAGCGUUUGCUGAGGCUCGAGCCCAAGGACUUGGUAUCACGUUGCACUUCGCAGAGAUUGCUCAAGAAGAUGCCAGCGAGUUGGAAGAAAUGCUAUCCUGGCAGCCGCAAAGACUAGGACAUGUCAUCCACGUACCCGAAGAACUACGAAAAGUGAUCACGGAGAAGAAACUGGGACUUGAGUUGUGCCUGAGCUGUAACGUGCUCUGCGGUUUGAGUCAAGGCGGAUUUGCAGCGCACCACUUCGGCGAGUGGUGGAAUGCUGGUGUGCCUGUUGCUCUGUCUACAGACGACGUUGGCAUAUUUGAGUCGACGUUGAGCAAUGAGUAUUUAAUUGCCGCUCUGCACUUUGAUCUUGACAGAACACAGCUUGUGGAGCUUUGCAGAGGUGCUGUAGACACCAUCUUCGGCGGACAAGCUGAGAAAGAGAGGAUUUCGGCUCUGCUGGUGGGAUUCUGGUCGUCGUCUUGUGUUGGCAAUCUUCGACCAUAA